AUGGCCGCCAUGUUGGCAUCGCUCGCGUCUCAACAUCCCCAGAGUGCUUACAAUCGUCUCAAAUUCGGACCAGGUGGUUCGCCUCUAAUAUAUGGCCCUCUUCCCGCGGAGCAACUUGUCCUACUUGAACAGCGUAGAGCUGCAGCUGUUGAUACAUGGUGGCCUUGUGAGGCCAUUCAAGAAAACAAAAGGUUACUCGGCCCAUGUGGCAGUCUUGCGGACGAGAGCUUACGCGAACAACUGGCUGCUGCGUUAAAAGAUGAGCUCAGCGUACCACCUCCCCAACUCAAGACUUCAGCAACUCAUCCUCUCAGCGUAUCCACCAUCAUUCCUUGCGACUACAUCCCAUUCAUCUCCCGACAACUAGCCUAUUCUUCGCAUCCACGUGCUGCCACGGUCUUCGACUUGGAACCUGCUUUCACUCUUGACCAUCUACUUAUACAGCAGCGACUGGACAGCAACAAUUUACCACCACCACCACCACCACCACCUCCGCCUCAAAUGCUUGUCACUCGUCUCAGCAGUUCAUCGUCGUCUUUAUGUGACGCGUUGCAUGCGGCACUCACUACCUCUGUCGAUUCACCUAUUUGCACCAACGCAGCCCUUUCGGUAACACUGACAAUGCCAUUGGACACAAAAACAUCUCCUUCCGUGCCGGAUGCCAUCGGAAAUCUUUUCCUUUCUUCAUGUCCUGGCAAAAAAGGUUCUGUGAUGGUCUUUCCGUCUUUUGGUUGCUUAUCUUCUCUAUGUCUAGUUCGUCUACACGGUCCCGUCAAAGGCCGUAGUGGAGUGUGUCGAGAUCUCAAUGCUGACCUUGGCCGAAUAAAACAACUGGGAGUUGCCGCAGUGAUCUGCUGUUUAGAUCACGCCGAACUGGAAUUUCUAGGUGCACCUUGGCAUCUAUAUGAGCCUGCAGCCAAAGCUGUUGGCAUCUCGAUCCUCCACAUCCCAAUUCCAGAAGGACUGGCACCCGCUUCGCCAGCUUCAUUGGACGCUCAUUUAACUCGAAUUAUUGACACUUUCACACUACAAGGCAAAAAUGUCCUGGUCCAUUGCCGAGGCGGAGUUGGGAGAGCGGGUGUUGUGGCCUGUUGUUGGAUGCUUAAACUUGGUUUGUUAGGUUGGCUCAAUGAAAGCCUUCCGGCAACGACGGGGAAUGCUGAUGGCUUGCGUCCUGGCACUGUUGAGCUGGUUGAACGCGUCAUUCGUAUCGUGCGUCAACGGCGAAGUAUCAAAGCUGUUGAGACGUACGAGCAGGUUAAGUUUCUGGUGGACUAUGUAGAUUAUUUGGAUGCCAAGAGGACAUAA